AUGGAAACAAUACAGGCUCUUCGUGACCAUGUUCAAUUGUCGAAUAAAUUUGAAAAGCUCACCGAAUUCCUACGAAUUUUGGACACAGCUGAGACACAUUUGAAAGAUGUGUUAAGUAGAGAUAAAAUUACAAAAGCUAACUGUGUAGAUAUCGAAGGCAUCGACGGAGUUGGAAAAACCACACUGGCCAAUGCACUUGCAGGCUCCAACCUCAUAUCUGGCUCUAUAUUAUCUGUUUCCGCCGAACUAAAAUUAUUUCGACCAUACUUCGAUGAACAGAAUGAAUCAACCAAACGGCAUUUCUUUCAUUUGUGGGAUAUUGAGGUUUCUAGUAAACUCAAUAAAGCUUCCGAUGAAACUAUCAUUAUUCUCGAUCGAUAUUGGCCUACAACAGCUGCUUAUAGUUUAGCUAAUCGAAGUGCAAACUUAACGUCUAAUGAAGAAAUAAGCUGGCCUCAGUAUCUUGUACAACCAUCUCAUAUAUUUUAUCUUCAUUUAAACGAGGAAGAACGAUGCCGACGUAUCGAUCAGCGUCAAACGAAAACACCAGUUAAUGAUGAAGAAAGAAGGAUUGCAUCUGAUUUGCAGUUUCGGUCGCGACUGGAUCAAAUUUAUCGAAGUAUACCAGGUAUCUAUCCAAUUGAUAGUAACCAGUCGAUUGACAAAAUUGUAGGAAUAGUGAUCGAACGUAUUCGAAAUGAUAAAACUGUCAAGUCAAUUUAUGUAGCAGUCUAUCUUCGGAUCGAAUCAUUGGCAUGUAUGAAACGUUUUCUUAAGACUCGGCAGCAAGAUGCAGAAGAAACGGAGGAAAUAGAUUAUCUCAAUGAUAUUCACGGUAGUGAUUGA